UCGAAGCCAAAGCCGUCUGGAAACAGUUUGCAAGGGGUAGUUAAAGAAGAUUAAGCCGAAACAAAAUAUCGUUUUUAGCUACUUUAAAUUGACCUCUCAAGGUUCCAGUUUUGAUUACUGGGCAUACAAAUCUUCAUUUCAGACCAUGGUCACAAAAUAAAAAUUGUACAAGGACGUUUUCGAGAAGAUUUUAAGCUGUAUGUGUCGAUUGUUGGUGUUCAGGAAUUAGCAAGCUAGUUAGCACUAGCCUAGAAAUAUUAGCUAGCUAACUAGCCUAGCUUGCUAACGUUAGCUUCAAGUAGUCUGAUUUUCAACUGAGAUGUUUGCAGUAUUUCUUGGAUGUCUACGGACGGCAGAUUGCUGAACCAGAGGGCCUCAAAUGGGAAAAACAAGCAUCGGACAGGAAUAUCGUGGAUAAGCUUGUCGACGUAACUCAGAUUCUGUUGAAGGAUUCUUUGGAUUUCCCUACUGCAGCCCUUUUUAAAGCAGGAUUUUAACGUCACCCAUCCGCAGACAGCCAUGGAAUCGUCUCAAUGCACCCCUUGUCCUGUGAGCGCCCAGGCUGUCGUGGAUCCCGUGCCCCUGCUGUUCAACUGACGGUCGAUGACGAUGCGAUGGAAGCGUGAAUGAGGUUUGGCGUGGCGAUAGCUGAACGAUGCCCAAGGGUGGGGGUUCAAAAACCCCCCAGCUGGAAGACUUCCCACUCAACACUGACAUGGUGGAGAAGCAGAGUGGGAAGAAGGAUAAAGUAUUGUCAAACAAGACUCCUAAAUUGGACCGCAGCGAUGGCGUCAAAGAGAUGAAAGAGAAGGCAUCCAAGAGGAAGCUUCCCUUCACUGUUGGAGCCAAUGGAGACCAGAAAGAUUCUGACUCAGAAAAGCAAGGUCCGGAACGGAAGCGCAUUAAAAAGGAGCCCACCAACACCAGGAAGUCAGGCCUGCCGUUUGGGAUGGGCAUGCCAGGGAUCCGGGCCGGGUACCCCCUCUCUGAGCGGCAGCAGGUGGCUCUUCUCAUGCAGAUGACGGCUGAAGAGUCAGUCAACAGUCCAGACACAACACCAAAGCAUCAGUCACAGUCAAGUCUGGGCCAGAAGGGAACGCCAAACUCUGCAUCUAAAACCAAAGACAAAGUAAACAAGAGAAAUGAGAGGGGCGAGACGAGGCUGCACCGGUCAGCCAUCCGCGGAGAGGCACGCCGCAUCAAGGAGCUCAUCAGUGAGGGAGCUGACGUGAAUGUAAAAGACUUUGCAGGCUGGACUGCACUGCAUGAAGCGUGCAACCGAGGCUACUACGACGUGGCCAAGCAGCUGCUGGCAGCCGGUGCAGAGGUCAACACCAAGGGCCUGGACGAUGACACCCCUCUGCAUGACGCAUCAAACAACGGGCACUUCAAGGUGGUAAAGUUGCUUUUAAGGUAUGGAGGGGACCCUCGACAAAGCAACAGAAGGGGUGAAACCGCGUUGAAGGUUGCUAACUCCCCAACGAUGCUCAAUCUGUUGCUUGGAAAAGGCACGUAUACCUCCAGUGAGGAGAGCUCGUCAGAAUCCUCAGAGGAAGAAGAUGCCCCAUCGUUUGCCCCAUCCAGUUCUGUUGAUGGCAAUAACACAGACUCAGAGUUUGAGAAGGGCCUGAAGCUGAAAGGGAAGAAAGGGCUGGAUCAGCCUCUAUCCACAACAACUACCCCCGUCAAGGACGAGUAUGAGUUUGACGAGGAUGAUGAGGAAGAGCGCGUCCCUCCGGUGGACGAUAAGCACUUGCUCAAGAAAGAGUUCCGCAAGGAGUCUCCCAGUGUCACUAAGGCUAGCGGCUUAAUUUCAGUACCGAAGGGGGAGGUGGUCAAAACCUAUUCCAAAAGCAACUCGCUCACACCAAAGAAGGCUGUUAGACGGAUUCUCUCUGACAGCUCAGACGAGGAUGAUGGGACGUUGUGUUUCACACCUGUGCCCACACCACGGCAACCAGCGCCACCUACUAAUACCAAGGCCCGGGACUCUGCUACAGUGAGCUCUAAACAGCAGAAAGAGAAGACUAAAGUUAAGAAGAAGAGGAAGAAGGAGACAAAGAAUAAUGUCAGUAAGGAGGUCAGAUUUGGUAAAGUCAAUGACAAAUUCUGCACUUCUGACUCUGAUUGUGGGGACAUAGGGAGUGAGGAUGAUGAAGGCUCUAUGAAGAGCUCGAACUGUAUAAAGGACUCCACAAUGAGCCUAAAAGAAUCCUCUGCGUUCAGUACUCACUCUGCGUCCUCUUCCUCCUCUUCUCAUGGAAGCAUGAGCUCUCAGAAACUGACACCCUCGCUGACAGAGCAUAACCCAAAGCAGUGGAGGACAGACGGCUGGAAGACUGUAUCAUCUCCUGUAUGGUCAGAUGUAAGCUCUCUCUCUGACUCGGUUAGAACAAGGCUUUCCAGUGAGUCGGACUACUCUUCUGCAGACUCAAGUGUCGAGUCAGUGAAACAGGUGAGAAAGAAAGCACAGGAAAACAGAAAGAAAAACAAUGUGCACACCAAUGCACUAGACAAAAAGAACUCUGACUUUCACAAGAACUCCAACACAGACAGUACGGUCUCCAAAACAGAUAAAGAUGGCAAAGUGUUGAAAAAGCAUAAAGUAAAACACAAGCACAAAAACAAAGAGAAAGAAAAGGCUCCCAGUUUAGUGCUCAAUCAAGACAUGAACGAGAAAUUUGUUAAAAGCUUUUCAUUUGAUUUUGAUGAUUCAAGGCAAAAGUCACUCCUUGUUGACACUGAGUCCCCAGCUGAAAGCAAGGUCAAGCUGUCUAAACAUGAAAAAGAGCAUUUGAAAAAGGAGGACAGGUUGUCGAAGGGUAAAUCUGAGGACAGAGACUGGUCUUCUGGAAAAGAGGUGCAAAGAACUGCUAAAGAGGAGAAAUCCAAGAAAACAAAAGAGUCCACCAAGGAGAAGCCUAGCAAGGAGGAGAGGGAAAAGCCCCUGAAAACUGAAAAAGAAAGGAGCCUCAAGGAAAAAGAGAAGCCCAAGGAGGAGAAACAACAAAAGACUCAUAAAGAGGAGAAGAAGAAAAAGUCAAAGGACAAGUCAUCUAAACCAGACAGGAAGAGCAGUGAGCAAAAAGAAGAAAAACAUAUAAAGGUGGAUAAGGAGAAAAAUGCCAGGGAGGAGAAAGAAAAAUCUAAGAAAGAAAAGGUUCAGAAGGAAGAGCCUGAUUAUGAAGUCUAUGAUGUCGGUAACCGUUUCUUAAACCUAGAAGACACCAAGCUCAGUGCCUCAGACGACCACCAUGACCGAUGGGCGUCAGACCUUUCCUCUGACUGCGACCUAUAUGGAGAUGACAGCUGGGAUGCUCCUCCUGUGAAGGACUACAAAGAAUAUAAAGCAAACAACACUGUAAAGCUGAUCGUUGAGACUGAGAAAAUAGAGAGCAGAGACCGGAGGAAGGAGAACAAAAUCAAAGACAAGAAAUUAGAUCAUAAUGACAAACGGUCAGAGAAAGAGCCUACCUCCAAGAAGAAAGAGAAAGACUCUUCAGAAAGAAUCUGUGACAAGAAAAAGGAUUUGACUGAAAAACAGAAACUCAACUCCAGCCACCCUGUAGAAAAGGAGAAGAAGCGAAAGGAAUCUGCAGAUACUGUCAAAGAGAAGAAAGAGAAGGACUCCACGGACAGCAGUAGAGACCGAAAAGAUUCCUAUGAGUUCACUAAAGAAAGAAAGGACUUGAAAAUCAAACAGGAGUCUAUAAGAGACGAUUAUGGGAAUGAUGCCUCCUUCAAAGAAAUUGAAACUGUCAGCAAACCAUGUGAAAUUAGAGAAAGGAACCACUCUGGAAAAGAGAAGGACAGAAAGGGAGAUGGGGUGGAAAAGAGAGAAAAGACUAAAGCUGACAAACACAAGGAAAAGCCAAAAGACCGAUCUAUAGAACAGGAUAAGGAGAAGCCUGAGAGGACCUCAACUGAGAAGCUUUUGAAGGAAAAAGACACAGAUAGAGGCUCUAAAGACAAGAAGGAGGGAGCUAAAGACAAACACAAAGACACACACAGCAAAGACAAGGACAGGAAGAUGUCUUCAGAACAAACUAAGGACAAGAAAGAAAAGGCUUCACAGGACAAGCAUGCUGACCGGGAUAAAGAUCUCCUUGAGGUGAAGAAGGAGGAGCGAAAACCUGAGAAAGUUAAACCUGAGAAAACAUGGUACAAGAUAGCAGACAUUUUCACAGAUGAAAGUGAGGAUGAAGAAGACAAUUACAAUGGGGGUGUGGCCAAGUUAAGUGAUUCCCUUGGGUUGUCCGAUUCUCACAGGAAAGACUCCACAUCUGACAGGGAUGAGCUUGAUCACUUCCAAACAGAAAAACCCAGAAAAUAUUCUGCUGAGGCCAAACACACAACAGAAAAACAGAAAGAAAAAGACCACAAGAAAAAAGACAAGACCACAUUUGAUAUGGGGAAAGAGAGGAAGGGUUCCUUAGAGAAACACAACAAAGAGAAGAAAGUAAAGGAUUCUGUUGAUGCAAAACACAAGGAACGCAAAGACAGAAUGUCUGUGGACUCAAACCAAGAGAAGAAAAACAAGCAGAAGCUGUUGGACAAGAGGGAAGCCAGUGAGGAAAAGACCAAGAAUAAAUAUAAAGACAAGCAAGAUCAUGUUAACGAAAGAAAGCCCUCAAAGGGGAGUGGGGAAAAUGAAAAGUCGCUCUUGGAGAAACUGGAGGAAGAGGCCAUGAAUGACUACAAGGAUGACUCCAAUGACAAGAACAGUGAGUUAUCCUCAGACAGCUUCACUGAUCAGGUUCAUGAGCCAGUGCUCAGCAGCUACUAUGAUUCCUCCAACAUCAGCCUUCCAGACAUUACUGAUGAGAGACGAGACUCACUCUCCAUAUCUAAUCCUCAAGACAAGUUCAGAGAGAAAGAGAGGCACCGGCAUUCAUCUUCAUCAUCGUCCAAAAAGAGUCAUGAGAAGGAGAAGGACAAAGUCAAGAAGGAAAAGGGGGAUAAACAAGACAAGAUAGAGGAAAUAAGAGAAUCCUAUGGACGCAGAGAAAGUCUGCCCUUUGAGAAAGAGCCUAUGCCAUUAGAAGCGGACCCGUACACAUUUCCAUUUGGGUCUAAGGGUGAUAAAGAUGAAUUUGAGAAGACAUUGGAGUUUGAAAAGGAGAUGUCUAAAAAAGCUGACAAAGACAAAGUGAGUACUGUCAUCAGUGAUAAGAUCAAGGACAAAAAGAAAAAAGAGAAACAUAAGGAGAAAGUCAAAGAGGAGAAGCACAAGUACACUGAUGGCUUUGGAUCACUUAAACACUCCAAGGAGGAUAUCAAAUCUGGAUUGAAAGAGAGUCCUCAAAUUACCAAUUUGAAGGAAAGAUCAAAGGAAGACAGUCCCAAAUUUGAUGUGAAAAAAGAGCGAAACCGAGACUCUUUGGACAAAGACAGUAGGGCGGACCAUGUUAAGUCCAAGGUUAAAGAAGAAAAUGAAAAAGUAAUUCAGUCUAAAGACACAGCUCGCAAAGACAACCGUCCACGUUCAAAGCUUCUGGUUGAUGGAGAUCUCAAACUAACCAGCUUUGGGCAAAUGUUAGGUUUAAAAGACCAGGAGAUUGAAGAACGCCAUAAGAAGCAUAAGGAGAGGAUGAAGCAGAUGGAGAAACUAAGACACAGAUCAGGGGAUCCCAAACUUAGGGAUAAAACGAAGUCCACUGAGGAAAUAAAGAAAAAUCGCAAUGAACUAUCAUCCAAAAAAUCGAAUAGUUUAGAAUCUGCAUUGAAAGAGAAGAAGCUCAAAGAUAUUGGUCUCCCAGCCCAAAUUAUGUCUCCGGAAAGAAAGCCACAACCCCUUGACACUCACAAUUCAAAGGAUUGGCUUGCAGGCCAUCAGAUGAAAGAAAAUCUCCCUGCCUCACCUAGGCAAGAUCAGAAUAGACCAACGGGUGUUCCCACCCCCACAUCUGUAAUCUCUUGUCCCAGCUAUGAGGAAAUCAUGCAGACGCCACGGACUCCAUCCUGCAGUGCAGAGGACUACCCUGAUAUAAUGUUUGAUGGGUUAGAUUGUCAGAACUCAUCAGCCAUGGCCAUGUCUAUGAAUGCCUGCUCCCCAUCCUUCUUUGACAGGUACUCCAACUCAUCACACACCUUCCAAGAAGGGACUUGUAUAACUCCGGCUAAGAAUCUCCAGUUGCCCCUUGUCAGUCGAUCGGCUUCGUCUGAUGUUAGAAGACCCCUGGAAGAUGAGUUCAAAGCUGAAGCUGGCAAGUUUCUACAACACAUUUUGCCAGACGCCUCUGAGUUUGACUUGGCAGCCUCUCAGCCUCCAGAAGACAAGGCAGCAUCAGUGGAGAGACUUGAAUGCCUGUCUCCUCCUUACUUCUCACCUAUUAGAAUGCUGUCUCCCGGGCUGGAACUUGCCCAGCCUGCACUAGAUGGGGCCACCACAGCAAUAGCUGGCACAGAGACCUGUGAACACCUACCUGAGAGUGUCUACAAUAACUUCCUGAUGAAGCCCUCAACGCCAGUCCACAGACCUGACCCCCAGGAGCCGUGUCUGGACAUUGCUGCUCCACCCACCCCUGCACCUGCUGCUCUUCCUCCCCUGGAUAUUGAUGACCUUUCUGAGCCUCAUCAAAGUGAGCCCAGUCUUGUUCCCUCUGACCCAGUCAGUGGCAGUGAGUAUCUGCCCCCUGUUGUUGAGGAAGAGGAGGAGGAGGAGGAAGAAGAGGACUACGAAGAGGAGGAGGAUGAAGACGAGGAGGAGGAAGGGGAUCUUGAAGAACCAACAGAUGCUGAUCAUCAUGCUGCUGAGGAGACGAGGGACGUCUGCUCAUUCUCUCCUCCAAGGGUUGAAGAGCCUUUGAGGAAGGGCUGGGCUGAAUCUCCUGAGAGAAGAGUUGCAGAGGUGCAUCAGUUGACUCCCCCACAUCCACCACCCAACCUGGUGGAGAACUCCAGUGAUCAUACCAUCAGCUGGAACUCUGAGAUGAUCUUGAAAUCUCCUCAAAGGACUUAUGGGGAAAUAGAGGCAGCUGUCUCCAAGAUAACCAGCCCCUUCUCGCAUUCAGACAGUGAUUUGCAGCACAUUACUGCCAUACCUGGCCAUCCAUCAGUGACCCCUCCAUAUGCUGCUUACAGGUCUUAUGUACCUGACCCUGACUUUGACGAGCAAAAAGAGGCUGUGGAGGACAUUCCAAUUUCUCCAGCAAGACCUGAAAUGACACCCAUGGAAUUGGAACCAAACUACUUGACAACCCCCUCAUCCUCCACAAGGUUAGAGUCUUUCUUCACAGACUGCAAGCCAAACUUGGAGGAUAAUCACCAGAUGGACUCAGAGCUUUCUUGUGCAGUACAAGACGGCAGACAAAACUCCCAUGGCUUUACUUCUGAGAGCCAUAUGCCUCUAGCAGUAAGCAACGAGCCAGUGGUGCCCUGGACAGACCCGUUCUCAGCUACAGUGGAUGAGCUUGAUGAUCUUGGCCCUUUCUCUCUACCUGACCUCCCUUCUCUCUCCCUCCCGACCUCCCUGCCAGACAAGGAGAUGCCAGAGCUUGACGUCAGAGAUUCAGAGCCAGCCGACUACAAGCCUCCACCUGCUCAUAUAAGGCCUCCUGCGAUUGAAACAAUAGAGGGCGAAGAGCUUAUGGAAGUUGACCUGCCUAUCCUGGCCAAACCCCUGUGCCCUUCCGCGGUUCUACCACUCAAUGAUUCUUUGCAGGAUUUGGUUGUGCCCUCACCAAAACACAAUUUCCAACCAGAAUUUGAGUCUGAGCCUCAGAAUGUCCAUGAAAAUAACUUUGUGAAACCACAGGUCUUUGAAAACAGAGCCACAUAUGAAGAGACUGAUGAGAGUGAUGGAAACAUGAUGUUCUCAGCUGUUAAUAUAAACAAUACUCAGCAUCACAGGCAGAUGUCACUGACCGAGUCUUUAUCAGUUGUAGUUACUCCAUGUAUGGACUCCUUGACAACUGUUAAACCAGAACAAAUUGGGCAGAUAUCAGAUCCAUUUGUUGGGCCAACUUGCAGUCCAGUUCCCUCCGUUACUCUGCCAGUUGCCGUCACGAUUUCUGGCACAGUCCAUGUUUCGGAGGCUCUUGAGACAACGUCUAAGCUCACAGUCACUCUGACAACGUUGUCAACUGACCUUUCCAAGAAGGUGGAGGAGAUCCCACAGAGGAUGACCAGAAACAGGGCCCAGAUGCUAGCAAAACAGGAGAAUACCACCACCACCACCACCAAAAAGCAGAGUAGUAGAGUAGUAGCAGAGAGUACAACCACCACCACUAUACCUGCUAGUGUGAUACCUCCAUCUGUCCCUACCCCUGUCACCAUGAGCAUGGCUGGAACCACAACCACCCCUAUCCCCACCCCUACCUUUGUCCCCUUUGUUGUUCUGGAGAAAGAAAAGGAACUUGUCACCACCAUCUCCACCACACCAACCAUUACCCCGGCUCCACCGCCGCCGCCUCCUGUAGUGGUCAGCAAAACUAAAGGGCGGCCUGUGGAGGAAGAGGAAUCCCAGACGCAGCAUCCACGCAAGAGGAAAUUCCCGAAACCGCAGGUUCAGCUGGUCAACACAGCCAUGCAGCAGACCAGGGAGAUGAUUCAACAGACGCUGGCUGUCAUUGUCAACGCCAUCAAACUGGAUGACAUUGAACCCUACCACAGUGACCGCUCUAACCCUUACUUCGAAUACCUACAGAUACGGAAAAAAAUAGAGGAGAAGAGGAAGAUCUUGUGCUACAUCACACCACAGGCCCCUCAGUGCUACGCUGAGUACGUGACCUACACAGGCUCCUACCUGCUGGAUGGCAAGCCUCUCAGCAAGCUGCACAUCCCAGUGAUUGCUCCACCUCCAUCGUUAUCGGAGCCCCUGAAGGAGCUCUUUAGACAGCAGGAGGCAGUGAGGGGGAAGCUGAGACUGCAGCACAGCAUAGAGAGGGAAAAGCUUAUUGUCUCGUGUGAGCAAGAAGUACUGCGGGUCCAUUGCAGAGCGGCAAGGACGAUAGCCAAUCAGGCCGUCCCAUUCAGUGCCUGCACUAUGUUACUGGACUCUGAGGUGUACAACAUGCCAACAGAGAGUCAGGUGCGUCUGUGGGUGGUAAAAAAGGGUGAUGAGAACAAGUCAGUGAGAGAUCGCUUCAACGCUCGCCAGUUCAUUUCCUGGAUCCAGGAUGUGGAUGACAAAUAUGACCGCAUGAAGACGUGUCUGUUAAUGCGGCAGCAGCAUGAGGCAGCUGCCCUGAACGCAGUGCAGAGGAUGGAGUGGCAACUGAAGGUGCAGGAGCUGGACCCUGCUGUACACAAGUCUCUGUGCGUCAACGAGGUCCCCUCCUUCUACGUGCCAAUGGUUGAUGUCAACGAUGACUUUGUGCUGUUGCCCGCGUGACAGAAACAUGCACUCGUUCACAGAGUUAGAGGUCAAAUAUCAUCACUUUUCAAAGAGACAUCAAACAGAACGUAUGGUAAGGGCUAGCCGGUUUGAAGAGGAAUAAAACCUAUAUAUUAUAUAGAAAAAAUUCAAAGAAAAAAAAACUUGCUAAUGAUUCCCUUCCAUGAGAGGAGGAAGCAUCUUUUUACCGGGGAAAAACACAACUUGCACUUUCAUCCCUCAAGUUUUUAUGCUUUUGUUCAGAAUAUAAAAAGCAAAAACGGCUUUGCUUUGAAGCACCCAACACCACCUCCCUUUUAGGUGAUGUUUGGACAGAGAAUAGGGGAGAAAUAUUUUUCUGAAUUUUUUGGUCCCCGUAAAUGAAACCACAAAGGAACGCUGGAGAGGAGCCCUCCCACCGUUCUGGAUCAUCUCCUGGUGGAUGAGAAUGAGGCACUACGGUGGACACAGAGCUCCAGGUGAGCCUUGAGGAGGAGAAAGCAACACAUGGCCAGAAGGGCAUGCGCGAUGUGGUGGUGCAACAUGUGGCAUCUGCGGGACCUCCAGCCUCUUCCUGUUGAAAGGACAGGAGAGUCUGUGUGGACGCUGUCUCUCUGGUCGGGACCAUAAGGCCACACUCAGUCAGAGAGCCUCAGUCCUCUCUGUCCACAGCCCACCACCACACCCGGUAGAACCAGCAUCCUGCCCCGGAGCAGAGCAGAGUACAGCCAAGGGUCCAUAGAGUGUGUCAGGGGGUUAAUGCCGGAGGGGCAGAGAUGUCAUCUUCCGCCUCAUGGCCUGGGCAGAGGAGUGAGGCAGAGAAUGGGGAUGAACCGGAGCAUCCCCAUCAGAGUCUGGUCACCUGGCUCUGCAUGCAGGAAGAACCAGCCUCUGACACUCUGCCAAGCUAGGUAGAACACACACACACACCUGUUCACCUGCAACUGACUGCAAAUGGAAAAACAGGACAAAAGAAUAAUACAAGAAUGUUGCGAUUCAAAGAUUCAAGACUAAACAGAUGGUGGUUUAGAGGAGAAUAUUCUUCUUUUUGUCUGUUUCUUUACUUGGGCAUUUAAUUGUUUCUGAGGAAGUGACUUGAAACACUACAGAGCCAAUAUUAGUUUAAUGGGAAAAAAGAAAACUGAAAAAAAAAAUGUAUUCCGUAAAUGAUGUACAGUUUUUAUAUUCGUUAACCAAUGUAUUCUUGCUGCCUUCUAGAUAAUUUAUUUUGCCACACAUUACUGCACAGUUGUAAAUAACGUAUGUACUGUAACAUCACUCAGUUAAGUGUAAAAAAAUAAAUGAAUAAAAAUUAUCUUUGUAUGUACAGUUCACUUUCGGGCAGCACUUUCCCCCUCAUACCCACGGGCCAAAAUGUGUACACGUUGUCAGUAUUUUAAAGACUCCAGUGCACAGUUGUAAUGUUCCCAUCUAUAGGUUUUGUCCAGGGCUGGUCAAAAUGAGUUACCUGUGUUGGAAUCACCACAACGUACAUAGGUAGUACAAAACCCCACCGGUUUGAACAAUGCCCAAACUAAGGGCCACAACUAUAGUCCUCAGAUGUAGCAAAAUGGUUAUAAAAUUAUUUAAAGAAUAGAAUAGUUAUAUUAGUCAUUGCUUUAUUACACAAUUAUAUCUGAAAAAAUCAAAACCAAGAAAAUGCCUUUUUACAGUGAAUAUUUUUAAUUUACUGAGUGUUGGGCAAGUCAAACAAGGGUACAUCUGGAUUGGUCAAGAGUGUAAUGCCACUAACAAGAAAAACUAUCACAAUAGUUUAUAAUUCUGGAUGGGAUUUUCUUUUUGUUUUAUUCUUUCUUUAAUCUACCCAUUCAUUUGACUUUAAUUGUAUGUGUGGGUCUUUAUGAAUAAUAUUCAUCAUGUUGGAGAAUUUUCAGGCCACAAGACUAGGGAUCUGAUAGCCAGCUCACUAUUUGAAAUCCUUAACUUCCCUUUUUGAAUGUCACUGUCAUAGGCAUCAUAUACAGGUUAACCGUUUUUCAGGCCACAUCAGAUUGACAUGAAUGUUACUGAUCUCUUCUGUAUACCACCUAAAACUACUCCUUUUUAGCAAAGAUACAGGCCACAUUCCAUAUUGGUUUUAAAAAUGUAUUCUUUAAUUAUGGAAUGUGUUAGCUUCCAAACUCCCUGGGUCCAUACUUGUGAACAUAAGAUUUAUUUUUUUAAGUAAAAAAUGUUUGUCUCAAAAUGCACAUCAGCCAAUUGAAAUCGUUGACGUAGUUGCAUGUGAUAAAAUGCUCCAUGUUAGCUGUUCCCAUUACAUAACCUGACACACAUAGCCCUAUGCUAACCUGACCCGACGGCAGUGAUUGUCAGGUUACAAAUUCUGCAUCAGUCAAUUUCAAAUCUUGACUUAGAUGGAUGUAAUAGAACCCUUUUCCAUGAGAGCAUCCUUAACAGAUGUCAACCGGCACCAUCUGCUAAUCAAAGUUAUAAAAACACACAUGAAGUUUCAACUGGACCAAUAGCUCAAUGUAGCGAGCCUGGCUCCUGGUCAUUUUUGCCAUUUGCAACUGUCUGCCACUUCUCAGAAUGGUGCUUGUUGAACCUCUAAAAGCCUUUGGAGGUGGGUGGUGGGGGGUUGUCCUAAGCUAACUUAUGGAAUUGUUUUAAUAUGGGCAUACCAUGGAUCAUUUAGCUAUUUGAUUUAGAAUUUUAGGAUCCCUCUAGGUAUGAAAAAAUAUAUACACAUUUUUGGGGAUACAAUUGUGAAUUUGGGCAUUACUACUAUAGCCCAUAGAAACAAAUUGAAUAACACAUUCAUAAAUGGAAAAACAAACAGUAAAAAAAUGUAAUCAUAAGGAAUAAGGUUUUGAAGUGUCUGUCCUAUAUCUAGGAGAUCAGGAAAUGUUUAUAUAUAUUUUUGGACACAUUUAACCUAUUUUUUUGGCACAAAACUACCUCCAUACUUCCAUUAAUUUGUUUUAAAACCGGUACCAGGGUUAUAUGUCCCGUGACAGUUGCAAAACCCCAUUGUGUUCUUGAUAGUCUCAUUUUUCCAUAGAGUGGUCAUAUUAGUUAUUAGGCCAACAGUUUGGACGUUAUAGACAUUUUCGUGAGAAGACUGAUUUUCAAAAUGUCUCCUUGUCUGACAAACAGCGCUGUAGCUCUGCCACGUUCCACCGCAGAUGCGGAAGGCCGACAUGGAGGAUGCAGUGGAUUGAGAUGCAUCCCAUGCAAAACAACAUAUCUCUAGCUUAAACUGACAGAUUUUUAUAAUGUUAAUUAGAUUGUCGCACAGGUACGUCAAUAGACUUAAGGAUUUGAAUAAAGUUUAGAUCAAAGCGGAGUCAAUGUCUCGCAAGAUCACUUAAUGAUUCAUUAGUAUUCUACAUAGGCCUAACAUACUGAAUAUAAUAGCAUAGUAUAGCUCUACUGUUAGACCAAAAUCACCACUUAUUUUCUUAAGUAGGCUACAACAUUUUAUAUGCAUUAUAAGAAUCAUCCACUUGGUCACAAAUUGAUUAUUUGAAUUGAGAUUUGAGGACCACUAGUAAAGUUAUUUCCUUAAAGGGGCAGUGCAGUCAAACAUCACUUUCCUGUGUUUUAUAUAUAUUUCCAUACUGAGGUUGAAAUAAUACAGAUAUGAAAAUUAUGAUAAUGCACUUUUAGUGUAAGAGCUGUUUGAAAUUUCAGCUUGUUUGGCUGGGUGGGUUUUUUGUACUGCCUGGUGACAUCACCAGGCAGUAUAAGUUUAAUAGGCAGUAUAAGUUUAAUAAGUUUAAUAGUUUUCAGGUUACACAUCCCUCCCAUUAGGUUCCUCCAAUUAGGCCCCUCUGACCACUCCCAGACAGUCCUUUUUUUUUUUUUUUUAGAAGCUACUGUAUUUUUUACUAUUUAAUUGAAAACAAUCACAGUAAGGUACUUAAUUGUUACCCAGAUAUUGAAAUAAAAAUAUUGGCAUUGGACCUUUAACAAAAAAGCAUGCCAUGAAGGGGCCUCUAACCGCCUUAGCGCCAUAUGACUCCUCGCAGCGAUGGUAGUAGGGGUACAUGACGGCUAUUUGACAAGAACAUAAGGCUCUUCAACUUUUUUUAGCAAUGUACGAUUAACUUAAAUGACCUUAAUCUUUUUCCGUAAAAGCACAUGGAUGUGUGUGAAACAGAUAAGCAAAAACUUUUCCAUAUAUGCGAAAACAUCCCAUUUGAAUUUUGUAUAGUUAGUAGCUAGUAGCAGCAUAGUCAAGGAUGCGUCAUGCAAUGUUGGGACGCUAUACUUUACAGACCAAGUGGAACAAAAGUAAACCUUGAAUUUGGAGGCUUACAAUAUCCCUCUGGUGGCGAAGUUGACCUAUAUUAAGAAAUGCCAUUGGUUGGUGGAUAUAAAGUCUGAGAUCUUUGAUAGGCUGAUGUGGAAUUUGUUUCAGGAAAUAAUCACUGCCAACUGAUCAGGUUAGCAUAAGGCUAAAUGUGCCAGGUUAUGUAAUGUGGAACAGCUGACGUAACAUUGUCACAUGCAACUAUGUCAUGAUUUGAAUUAGCUGAUGCACAUUUUGAGACGGUGAGAGUUUAAACUCAAACUUGUUCUAAUGUUCGCAAGUAUGGACCCCCUCUAUUUAUCUAGUUUUGUACAGUAGUGGAGAAGUUUACAGUAGUAGAAGGUGCUGCUCUUCAAAUACUCAAAGGGUGGAGCCAAAGUAAAGAUCAUACUCCUCUGCGUAACAUAGGUAAAUUGUUCAUUUGAUUUAAAAGAGCUAGGUUUGACUUACAUGCCCAUGAAUGAGAUCUUUUUUAAUUUUCCUUUUAAUCAAAAUCCUUUUUUGUUCAACUCAGAAAUCCUUUCUAUGACCAAUCACCCUAAAAGCGAGUUACAUCUUAGUUUAUUCAGAACUAUUUAGUGGACAGAUAUUAACAGGCAGGUAGUUUGUUUCACUAUAGCUUCUCAACUGUACCAAGUGUAGGUGUAUGUAUUUGUCAGGGGUUUCUGGAAGUUCUAAUGUUUGAUUCAUAUUCAGUAGGCCAUCAUACUUUACUCUAUUGUGUUGUAUACCAUGCUAAGAGUAAGGCCUACACUAGACAAUUAUUAAACUUUCACCUCCUCAAUUUCAUGAACCAAAAAGCAGACUUAGUUAACUCGUACACAAAGGGGGGAAGAAUAGUGCAAAAGUGAUAGUUAAGGAUGUUUCUGUUUUUUUAUCCAUUUGGAAUAUUUUUUUGUGAGAAUUGAUUGUUUCUUCAUUUUUGGUGGGUCCUGAUUUAAAAAAUAUUUUUUGACCUACCACAUAGGAUGCCUGUCAGUCUGUGAUCUGCACAUUCAUCCUAAUGGCAAUAUUAAGUGACAUUUUGUGGCGUUAUGUACACACGUUCAACAUAGCUGUGUAUGAUGUGUCUAUUCAAGUGCAAUGGGUGUUGCUACUCCAGUGGAUGGGCAAUCGACUAAUUGUAGUCCUGGACAUUUUGAAAGAGGAGAAUCUAGUCAAAAGGCAGUAAAAGCAUAAAUAAAUGUCAUAGCACAGGUAGUCAGGGUCAUGUAGACUUCAGCAGUUUAAAGCCCUCAAUUGUUUAUUUUUUGUUUAAUUUUUUUUAAAGCUUUUUUUCUGAGGGGGAGGGGGAGUUUUGUCAACAGAAUUCUUGUGUGUUUUAGAUCCGUGUAUGUGGUGUUGUCUUUUUGUCUUGUGUUUUAUGCUUCGUACAUAAGGAAAAAAAACAGUGGCAUGUCAAUCACUUCUUAUGAGCAGAAUGUAUACCGUUACUACACCCUCACACCCUCAGUAUUGUUUACAAGACAUCAAGUGUGUUUCGGUUUCGUGUCUCUCACCUUAACGGUUUGAGCCCUGCCUUGAUUUCUUUAUUUGAUCAUUUAUUGAACCAUAAAGGCUUGAAAUUGUGAUAGCUAAUUACAGUGUCAAAUCCAACCUCGGUAUUCAAAGCUUGCAGCAAACAUACAGAGCAAUAGUUUUAACUUUUUAAAAUUUGUAUUUUUUGAUUAGCAUAUUUUUUUAUACAUUUGGUUGAUAAAGAAAACAUCCCCUGUGGUUUUUGUCCAGACACUGGUGUCUCUUACACAUGUCCAAAUAUUCUUUCCAAGACACACCAGUGAAGAAUAAUUUCUAUUAGGAAAUGUAACAAACACCUGUCUCAUUCCCAUCUCCCCCCUACAGUGAACCACUUGGCCAUGCUCUAGAUUACCCUGUGACCUCUCAUCAGUCUGCAACAAGUUACCUCUACUGUGUCCAUCUGAGUGUUAAUUUAAUAUUUAACUGGACAUACUGUUAUUUUACAUAAUAGAAUCACAAUUUCAAGCCUUUUUCUAGUUUUCUUUAUUGAACAAGACAGUAGCUAUUCUUUAUAAUGGGAAAUGACUAAUAAAGCAUGGAGAACUACUCUUUAAAUGGUAACAAAUAACAUAUUUAUUAUCUUUCUGACACCUGUGGUAUGUUUCAGUUAAAGGUCUCCGCUGUGUAAAUUUUCCUCCUGUAAUGCGUUAGAGACGUUGUACAUAGUUGUAAAUAAAUAUCCCAGGACGUUUUGCACCCUCCUCUUUGUACUAGUCUAAACUUGCGUAGAAUGUGGGGUUCUAACAGCAACGAGACAGUGCGUUCGCUGCAGGUGAUGUAACAAUGUACCUUUUUUUAUUUGUACAAUGUAGUUGAAUUGUGUACAUAUUGUUGGAGCAGCUAUGGGGGAAGGGGUUUGUUGAUGCUAUCGUCAGUGCUGUAAAAGAUCCAGUACUUAAACCUCUAGCUGUGUUGAUUUCCUGCAAAAACAAAGGCGAGAAAAAAAAAUACUAAACGGAAAAGUAAAAAUUCUAAAUUGUUAUUUUCUACAGUUGCAUGUACAGAGAGCGCGAGAACUGCUGUUGUUCCUCAGAGAUUAUGUUCGUAAAUAAAAUUUUGAAAUAUU